UUGACAUGGCCUGACGUACAUGAUGUGAUUUGGUCUGGCCCGAGCUUCACCCCUCGGCCGCUAGUAGCUAUCUAUGUACAGUACUCGAGCCUCCAUACAUCCAACCUCAACGUAGCUCCGCCUGACCCGCAUUCGCAAGGUCCUGCUCAAUUGCCCACCCAUACAUGGCAAUGCGACUCAUGCGACAUGUGCCACUCCUGGAAUCGUCGAUGAGACGCGCGAUUGUCCCCUCCAUCGCCAACACGCUAUGCAUUCGUUGCCGCCGAUACGCCUCUUCUCCGGCAGCGUAUCCUGAAAAUAUCGCCGUGUUCGGUGGAGGCAUCGCUGGACUCGCCAGUGCCUACUUCGCUUCCAAGGAGUUCCCAGAAAGUAAAAUUACCGUGUAUGAAGCAGGAAUACAGCCAGGCGGCUGGGUGCAAUCCAAACGAGUUCCCGUCGCAGGCGGCGAUGUACUAUUCGAAUGUGGUCCCAGGACGCUGAGGCCCGUAGACUAUUUGCCAACAGCGAAAUUGAUUCAAGAAUUGGGUCUCAAGAAGGAUCUCCUCACUACUUCCAAAACAGCGCCCGGCGCGAAGAAUCGGUACGUCUUUUAUCCCGAUCGCCUCAACCUCAUGCCGAACGGGCAGGGCCUGGCGAAUUUGUUCAGUUUGAUCCGGAGCGGCGUAAUGGCUGGUAUACAUACAAUUUUUCGAGAGCCGUUCAGGCCCGUACGUGGGUCUUCAUUGAAAGACGAGUCUAUUGGUUCCUUUAUAAGCCGGCGGUGGGACGAGCGGUUAGUGCAGCGUCUGGCAUCCGCAGUCUUUCAUGGGAUUUAUGCGGGCGACGUGUGGAAGCUCAGUGCAAGGUCACUGCUGUCACAACUCUGGCAUUUGGAAGUGAGAGGCAAUGGAGUUCUGGAUGCUCACAUGCAGACCUAUCGAAAUGGAAAGGCGCACUGGUUAUGUCCCCCUUACUACGUAGAGGCCAUGGAAGCCAAAGACGAAGAGAUCAAACUGGACCACGUCCUGGAAAGAUUGCUCAGCAGGUGCAGUGUCUUUACGUUCAAGAACGGCACCCAGCAGUUGACCGAUGCUCUACACAAAAAUCUCGUCAGGAAUCCUCGAGUACGCAUGAAACUCGGGACUCGCGUGGAAUCAUAUGAGAUGGCUACCAACGGAGUGCAGAAGGUCAAAGUCGUUGCUCAAGGCGAACCAUCCCGCGACUUCGACAUUGUCAUCUCCACUCUCCGUGAACCCUCCCUUACUCCUUAUGUCACAGUCAUGACAGUCAACCUCUACUACACCAAACCCAACCUCAACCCCGUGCCGGGCUUCGGCUACCUCAUCCCACAAGGCGUUCCAUUCGACCAAAACCCCGAGCGCGCUCUGGGCGUAACCUUCGACUCGGACGCCAUCAAAGGGCAAGACACAGCCCAAGGCACAAAACUCACCGUCAUGCUCGGCGGCCACUGGUGGGACGGCUGGGACUCGUACCCCGAUUCCGCAGAAGGCGUCGAGCUCGCCAAAUCCAUUGUCCGUCGCCACCUCAACAUCACCGACGAGCCCGCCGCAACCCACGUCGGCCUGUGGAAGGACUGCAUCCCGCAAUACACGGUCGGCUACGAAGACAGACUCCGCGACCACGUCGUUGAGACUAGGAAUAAAUUCCGUGGCCGCGUACGGCUCGCGGGCGCGCAGUAUAAUGGCGUCGCGGUGAAUAGUUGCACGGCGCAGGCGUGGUGGGUCGUCAGAGGGUUGAGAGGCAGCGGGUGGAGAGAACGAGCUACAGGCUUGGAAGGCCGUGUUGCCGACGAACCGUGGGUUUUGCGCCGCGCCUGAGGUGCCUGCAUUGGUUUCGUCACUGCGUUUUUUUUUUCUUGCAUGCAUGCAUGCAUAUGUAUCGAUAUAGCCGUUAGCCUUUUGGGCAUUGGGAAAGAACAUGUAUACCUUUCUAUUCUAUCAAUCAACCCCCUUUUUAUUUUCUCUCUCUUUUUCUCCAAUUACCAGCAUCAUCGUCUGGCUGUAACAUAAAAAAAAAUUCACAUAUUGAUAUCCAAUUCCCCCCCCCCUUUUUUUUUUCUUCUCUAUCAUUCGAGCUCGUGCUCAGAUCCUCACUCGCCAAAUCCGCGGGUUAAAUUCUUCGAGUCUAACAAGUUCGAUCAUAAAACACGCAUCGUGUUCAGGGAAAAUAGCCCAUCCAAUCCAUUUGGGAAUAUGCUUGAAAGCAUCUAUCUACCCCGUUUGCUGGUUUGGUACCUGUGCCUGGUCCCCCCCAAAAAAAAAGCCACUGAAGAGAGAGAAAUCUCUGAACUACUGCUGUUGACUAUGGGAUUCUUCGUAGGAC